GGACUCGUACUCAGUCUUCGAACUGGUCUCGUACCGCGCUCUAUGCAGCGUGUCACACAGCCCCGCGAACAGCGGCAGCUUAGUUAACAACACCGUGUGCCGCUCCGCAUCGUCGACUCCGUCGUCUCUGUCGCUUGCUAAAUCUUCCUCCUCGUCUACCGGCUACCUUCACCAGUGUGUCGUGCACGACUCUCCUCCGCGACAUUUAUUCGCCGACCUAGCUCUAACGUAUUGCUUGGAAUUCGCGUGGAAUUCCUAUCGGAUUCGCGUGGAAUUCCUAUCGGAUUCGCGUGGAAUUCCUAUUGGAUUCGCGUGCAAUUCCUAUUGGACUCGCGUAAAAUUAUCAUUGGAUAAUCGUUAAACUCUUGUGCACUUUUCAAUAAAUUCUCAUUCAAUUCUCGGAGUUUUCCCUUUCGGAACUCUCGCAAAUUCCUGUUGAAUUCGCGUGGAACUCUGUUAAAAUCCCGAUUGAAUUCGCGUGGAACUAUCGUGAAAUCCCCAUUUAAUUCUCGUUCAAUCCUUCAAACUUUCACAACUCUUGCGAAUCCAUUGAAUCUUCGUUGAACUCUCGUGAAAUUUCUAUCGAAUCUUGUUUAAUUCUCGAAACUCUCGAAACUCUAGUGAAAUUCUUGUCAAAUUCCUACAAAACUUUCGUGAAACUUUUGUCAAGUUCUCGUGAAACUUUCGUAGAUCUUUCGCAAAUUUCUCAGCCUUUUCAUGGGACACAAUCUUUCAAUCCGGCCGAAAGAAAUUAUUAUUUGAAACGAGAUCGAUAGGAAGGGGGAAGUUUGGGUUUGUCUGUGAUUCGGUGAAGAACAACGACUGAAGCAAAGACUGUGCAAUAUCGACAAGUGGAUUUACCAGAAACGAGUCUAUGACACGGAGGAUGACACAGAAGUAGCGACGACCUAGUAGCGGAUGCAGAAUAGAGAAGCGAGAUUUUCGCGACAGCACGAUGGACCUUCUUCUGUUGAUCGGAUUGCUUUCCCUGAUAUCAGGAGUUCUGGGAAAUUGUCCCCUGGUGCAAGCACCUCAGUGGGGAAGAGUGAGAGAGCGCGUUCUUAAGGAUGGCACUUUACAGACCGUGUACUCGUGUGAACCAGGCCGUAGAUUGAAGGGCCAUAAAAUACUGACUUGCACCGCCGACGGUUGGAAUCAUCCUAUCCCAAAAUGUGUGCCUCACGACAACAGAUUCCGACACUUUCGCAACGAUCUGUAUCUCGGUGACGAUCCAAUUUCAACGACACCGUCGGAGGAAAGGGCGGCGAGGGAGAGGCUGAGGGCGCGCAAAAGAAUCGGUGAGCUGAAGAAGCGGAGGAAGGCGAAGGAGAGGAAACAGAGGUUGAAACAAACCGGCGAGAAGUCGGCGCUCGAAUCGCCGCCAGCUAUGGCGCACGCCGCGCUCAAUGAAACAAUAAUGUCGAGGUUGGAUCUCAGCUGCUUCAUGAAAGCUCGCAGAAAAGGAUUUGCUAAAGCUCCUCUGCUUGAAAACGCGAAUCCUGCCAAGUACGCCAGGAGGAAGAAUAUACUGCCACCGUACAAUCGAUACCUCGUAGCAGUUUACGAGUGCACCAAGGGAUACGUUUUCGAGGACUCCACGGCUGAUCGACUUUUCUGCAGCGAUGGCACUUGGUUAGGCGUACUUCCGCGUUGCGUAAAAGAGGAAGAAGCGACACUGAAUAACGUGAAACGUUGCAAUCAGGAUCGUGGUGGGUGCGAGCAUGUGUGCGAAGACACUCAAACGGGCGUGAAGUGCUCGUGUUUCGACGGAUUUCGUGUCAAAGGAUCUUCCUGCAUAGACAUAGAUGAAUGUGCCGAAGGUACAGCUGGUUGCGCGCAAAUUUGUCACAACAAUCCUGGCUCCUUCCAUUGUGAGUGCCGUUCUGGUUACCAACUGGGAAUUGAUGGUAAAUCAUGUCUGGACGUUAACGAGUGCCUGGUGAAUAACGGGCAUGGCCCAUGCCAAGGUACUUGCAUCAAUCUCGAAGGGAGCUACGAGUGUAGCUGCGCCGAUAUUCCUGGUCACAAAUUGGCUCCGGAUAAUCACACCUGCGAGGAUAUCGACGAAUGUUCGACGAACAACGGUGGAUGUUCUCAUGUUUGUUUGAACACACCCGGAAGCGCCUUUUGCCUCUGUCCAGAUGGCUUUUAUCUGACCAGCGAUUGGAAGACUUGUCAAGAUGUGAAUGAAUGCGAAAACGCAUCCAAGGUUUGUGAGAAUAAUACUGAUUGUGAGAACACUAUCGGUUCGUUUAAAUGCGUCAGCAAGCCGCAAAAGAUGACAAAGAUUCUUCAGGAUGAGGAUUACGACACGGAAGAUGACGACGAUGAUUAUGACGAGGAAGAGAGUAUCACGGAAAUUCCAGAAUUCGGAAAAUGUGAGGAUGGUUUUCGAAAGAAUGACAACGGCGAAUGCAUUGACAUUGACGAGUGCGUGGAGGGUGACGGAGGCGAGCCUCACGGUUGCCAAGAGGAGUGCAUAAAUGAGCCUGGUGGUUAUUACUGUACUUGCCACUUGGGUUUCGAGCUCCAUGAAGACGGUGUGUCCUGCAUCGACAUCAACGAGUGCGAAGGAACAUCCGCUCCAUGCUCUCAUACUUGUAACAAUACCAUAGGUUCCUUUGAAUGCACCUGUCCUACAGGAUUCACCCUGAAAGAAGACAAUCUUACCUGCGUUCGUGCAAAAACUUGUGAAAGUCUCACGACACCCUGCUCUCACGAGUGCCAGGAAUCAGAAGAUGGACCAAUUUGCGUCUGUUCUGAUGGAUAUCAAAUUCAUGAAGAUGGAGUGAACUGCACAGACAUCGACGAGUGUACUCUGGACUUGUGUUCCCACUUCUGCGUGAAUUUAGAGGGUAAUUUCGAGUGUAUCUGUCCGGAAGGCCUCGAAACACUGGAACACGAUAAAUUUAAUUGCACCGACAUAGACGAGUGCACUAGAAGCAUGCAUAGUUGCGAACAUGAAUGUAUAAACAUUCAUGGCAGUUAUACUUGCAGCUGUCAACUUGGAUUCACGUUGAACGAUGAUAAGAAGACCUGUUCAGAUGUGAAUGAAUGUUUAAACGAUGAACACAGGUGUGACCAAGUUUGUGUAAAUUCCUUUGGCAGCUACAGUUGCUCGUGUCGUAAGGGAUACAAACUUUCUGAAGAUAAUUUCAAUUGCGAAGAUAUAAACGAGUGUGUUAAUGAGGAACAUGGAUGUUCCCACGAGUGUGUCAAUGAAGAAGGAGGAUUUAAAUGCAGUUGUCCUUUCGGUUUCCUAUUGAGCAACGAUACUAAAACUUGUCAAGAUGUGAACGAGUGCUUAGAAGGCACUCAUCAAUGUUCCCACGAGUGUACCAAUGUACAAGGAUCAUACGAAUGUAGAUGUCCUCUUGGAAUGAUGGUAGCAGAUGAUAAAAGAUUGUGUAUUGCAACUGACGUGUGUAGGUUGGCUAAUUGUUCUCAUAUCUGUGAAAAACAUCAAGAUACAUUCAAGUGUAGUUGCCCUGAGGGGUUCAUUAUGCAAGAUGACGGGAAGACGUGUAAUGAUAUCGAUGAAUGUCUCGAAGAUGAACACGAUUGUUCUCACGACUGCGUAAAUGCAGUGGGAAGUUACAAAUGUGUCUGCCCUGAAGGCCUGGUGCUUCUACAAGACGGUUUGACAUGCGAGGAUCCAUCUUGUCCCCGAGGAUUGCGUGAGAAUGAGAAAGGACAGUGUCAGGAUAUCGACGAGUGUUUGGAACAGAAUCACGAGUGUUCGCAUAUCUGUAUCAACGAACAUGGCUCCUAUCGUUGUUCCUGUCCUCCAGAAUUGAUGUUAUCCAAUGACAGCAUUACGUGUAUUUACAGCGAUCCUUGUUCUCGCUUAUCCUGCUCUCAUCUUUGCAUACCGGAUGGUUCGUCCUAUAGAUGCGACUGUCUUUUUGGAUACAGAAUAAGCAAAGACAAUAUAACUUGUGAAGACAUCGACGAGUGUCUAACUUUACAACAUAACUGCUCCCACGAAUGCAUAAACACCAUCGGUGGAUUCGACUGCGCUUGUCCACCAGGAUGGAAGCUCGAUCAGGACUUAAGAAGCUGCCGAACAUCCACCAAUCGGAAUUGCUCGCACACGUACGAGGAAAAUGGCGAAGAGAAUCGUUGCGGUUGUCCCGAAGGAUUCGAGCUGCAGGAAGACGAGAGUACUUGCGGCGAUGUAGACGAGUGCGACGAGGGACUUCACUCUUGUAGUCACGGUUGCGUGAAUACCAAAGGAUCUUACUACUGCGAAUGUCCUGCUGGUCUUCGAUUACAAGCAGAUAGAACAACCUGCCAAGACAUCGACGAAUGUCUUGAAAAUAACGGAGAAUGUUCUCACGAUUGCGUAAACACCGAAGGCAGCUUCGACUGUACAUGUCCGGAGGGGUACGAGUUAACGGAUGACCGCAAGAUCUGUUUGGACGUGAACGAAUGCAAGGAGGAUCUCCAUGAAUGUUCCCAUCGAUGCGAGAAUUUGGACGGUGGCUACGUUUGCUUGUGCCCAGAGGAUUUGCUCCUCGGGCAGGACAAUAAGACCUGCUCGAGUGAGGGCCCGUGCGAACGUGCACACAAUUGCAGCCACACAUGCGUGAACGUCCACAGUGGUUACAAAUGCGAGUGUCCCACCGGUUGGAAAUUAAGCUCGGACGGUUGGACAUGCGAGGAAAUUGAUUUUUGCGCCGGCCAACACGGCUGCUCCCACGAGUGUGUCACCAGCCCGGACGGUUUUCAGUGCCACUGCCCGACCGGUUAUAUUUUGUCCAAGGACAACAGAACCUGCCUGGACAAAAACGAGUGCGAGGAGGCGAACAACGAGGUAAACAACGGUUGCUCUCAUUCCUGCGUCAACACAGCCGGCAGCUUCGAGUGUGGCUGCCCGAGCGGCUAUCGACUGACCGUCGAUCGAAGGACCUGCGAGGACGUGAACGAGUGCAUCGAGGACAACGGCGGCUGCUCUCAUCUCUGCGCAAACAUCGAGGGUGGCGUCGAGUGUGCUUGUCCUGAUAAUUACAAGUUGCUCGAAGACGAUGGGAAAACAUGCGUCGAGAUCGACGAAUGCUUGAUCGAUAACGGUGGUUGCUCUCAUUUGUGCCAUUACGAAAAUGGCACUGUGUCCUGUUUCUGUCCGCCUGGAAUGCUCCUGGAGGAUGAUAAUGCCACUUGUACGGAAGAGAACAAAUGUUACGUAGAUAACGGUGGAUGUUCACAUUUUUGCAACAACGAGAAUGGACAGAUAUUCUGCUCCUGUCCACCCGAGAUGAUCUUGUCAGAAAAUGGAACCAUUUGCGUGGAACAAAACAGAUGUUUGGUGGAAAACGGUGGCUGCUCCCACGAUUGCCAUUACGAGGAUGGAGAAACGUCUUGCCACUGUCCGGUUGACAUGAUCCUCUCGGACGAUAAACUUCUUUGCAUUUACACGAAUAAAUGUUUCGUCAACAACGGCGGUUGCUCCGACAUCUGCGCCUAUUCCAACGGAUCUACCAGCUGCGAGUGUCCAUCCGGAUUCAAACUAUCGGAAGAAGAUAACGCCACUUGCAUCGAUAUCGACGAAUGUUUAGAAUUAUUCGACAACUGCACGCACAAGUGCUCGAAUACGGACGGAGGAUUCGAAUGUUCCUGCAACGGAGGAUUCAAAGUGAAUCCUAUCGAACCCGCUUUUUGCGAUGACGUGGACGAAUGCGAGGACUCGAAUGCAGGAUGCUCUCAUACCUGUCUAAACUUGGUAGGAUCGUUUCGUUGCACGUGUCCAUCAGGAUAUACCCUGGAGAACGAUAAUAAAACAUGUAGGUUAAUCGAUGGUUGCAAACAGAACAAUGGAAACUGUUCCCAUCAUUGUCACCACGAAGAAGGCAACGAAAAGAUUCACUGUUCCUGUCCUCUGGGCUUCAGAUUGAAACAAGAUCAAAGAACUUGUGAAGAUAUUGACGAAUGUGAAGAGUUUGAGAAUGACGUAGAACUAGGUUGCUCUCAUAUAUGCGUGAACACCGAAGGAGGCUAUUACUGUGAAUGUCCUUCAGGAUAUAUUUUGUUACCAGAGGACAAGAAAAAUUGUAUCGACGUGAACGAAUGCCUGAACAGCCAGCACAAUUGUAGCCACGACUGUUUGAAUCUUUUAGGAAGCUACGUGUGCACCUGUUAUGAAGGACACUAUCUGCACUCUGAUAAGUCCACUUGCCUGGAUAUCGAUGAAUGUCUCGAAAAAAAUGGCGGCUGCUCCCACCAAUGUACCAACACUAUAGGUGGUCAUUUUUGUUCCUGCCCAACAGGCUACGAACUUUCUCAAGAUGAGAAGACCUGUGUAGAUGUAGACGAAUGUGAAACUGACGUAGCUGACUGUUUCCACGAAUGCAUUAACACAUUAGGUUCAUGGAAAUGCGCUUGUCCCGAUGGUCACAUUCUGGCAAAUGACUCCAGAAGCUGCGUAGAUAUCGACGAGUGCAAGCUGAACAACGGAGGUUGUUCUCACGCGUGUUAUAACAUUAUCGGGGGUGUUAGAUGUAGUUGUCCCAUUGGGUUGCGUUUAGACGAAACUGGAAAGAGGUGCAGAGACGUGGACGAGUGUUUGACAGAAAAUGGUGGCUGCUCGGACAUCUGUGUCAAUUUAGAAGGAAAUUUUUCCUGUCAAUGUUUGAGUGGUUUCCAUUUACACACGGAUUCCAAGACUUGUUUGGACAUUAACGAAUGUGAGAUGGAAAAUGGAGGAUGUUCUGAUAAUUGUAUAAACGUGGAAGGCAGCUAUCGUUGCGAGUGUCCAAAUGGCUUUUUUUUGAAAGAUGAUUCAAGAUCCUGUUCUGAUACAAACGAGUGUGAAAAUAAUAAUGGUGGUUGUUCUCAUAAAUGUAUCAACGAACUUGGUUCUUAUCGAUGCGAUUGUCCAGUUGGUCACGAGUUGAAGAAUAAAUCAUGCCACCACAUAGAUCCUUGUGGCAAUAACAAUGGUGGCUGCGAGCAGAUUUGCAACGCUAAGAAUGGCACGGUUAUAUGCACGUGCAAGGAAGGUUUCCAGUAUGACGAGACCGAUCGUUCGAGGUGCAGAGACAUCGAUGAAUGCGCUGGUCGGCAUGGGUGUGAUCAGUUGUGCGUGAAUACCAUUGGAUCGUUCGAAUGCACAUGUAAGGAUGGAUUCAAGAUGCAGAAUUCUACGUGUGUUGACAUCGACGAAUGUACAACAAUGCCCUGCAAAGGAAAGGAGUGUAUCAACACUUAUGGCAGCUAUCGUUGCAACUGCAAGGCAGGCUAUCGAUUGGACGGCGACGAUUGUGUAGAUAUAAAUGAAUGUGAGUGGAACAACGGCAGAUGUGAACAAGAUUGCAUUAAUACAGUCGGCUCCUAUGUAUGUGCUUGUCGUCCUGGCUAUAUAUCCAGUCAGAGAAAUAGAAGCCAGUGCCAAGAUAUAAACGAGUGCUUGAACCGUAACGGGGGCUGCAGCGGCGAAUGUAUUAACACAGCCGGAAGUUACUACUGUACGUGCAGCGGCGACCUGGUGUUGGCUUCCGACGAGAGAACUUGCGUUUCAGCGGAAUUGAGAUGUCAUGCCAUGGAACCGCCUUUGCACGCCGAAAUCAGAUGCCCAGGUCAUUCUUCCGGGGCAGUGGAUUAUCCUGUUGGAGCCAGAUGUCAUAUACGAUGUGGAAGAGGUUUCAGGCUAGAAGGACCGCACACGAGGUACUGCAUGGCCGGAGAUCGAUGGAACGGGAAAGAGCCGACUUGUAUUCAAGAAUCGAUCGUGACCGAUUCCCGUUAUCAUUCAGACAUGCCACGACCGUUCGUCAGGUGUCCCCGAGACAUGGACGUCGAGCUACCCGCAAGGCAGAACACGAUACGCGUCUCGUUUCCUCAACCUAAGUCCAACAUGAACUGGUGGAGAUACGUGGACGCGUCGCCGUCGUGGGCAAAGCAAUUGGAGGCGGAUUUACCGGCAGGUACGACGAUCGUCACUUUCACGGCAUGGUCACCCGUAUCGAAUUAUACCAGUACGUGCAGGAUAGUGAUCCGUGUUCGAGACACGGAGAAUCCGAAAGUUUCGACGUGCCCGACGUCCUUUGAAGUGCGGCUAAGCCCCAGCGAGCGAAAUCGCUUAAUAUUCUGGCAGGAGCCAACGUUCACCGACAACGUCGCCGUCGAGCGGGUCUACAAAACGAGGGAACCCGGACAACUGAUGUACCCCGGCAUUCACAACGUGCGCUACAUCGCUUCCGAUGCAGCCGGAAAUCGAGCCGAAUGCCAUUUCUCGAUACACGUACGAGAAUCCGAGCAUCGUCGAGAUUCCGAGCCACGGUACUACAGAAGAAGGAUGCUGAUGUGUCCCGGAAGACCACCCCAGCCGAUACCAUCCACCGCUUAUGGGUGGCAGAUACCGAGCGGAUGCUAUCUGAGGUAUACAAGAAUCUUCUCCGGGGCGUACGCUGUUCAGAACUAUCGAGGACAGAGACAGGACGCUUAUCAGGAAGCGAGGGCGGCUUAUCACGAAGUUCAUCCCAUUCACGAGAACCAAGGUCAAGCCCAACUACCUGCCUCGUAUCCCCUCGGAGACUAUCGACACGCGAGACAAUAUCAGCUUCAGCAGUUGCGCGAGCAACAGCAGCGGCAUUCUUCGAGGACUGACCACGUAGUAUCUUCACCAACGACUCAUUAUGGCAGAGGCCGUGUCGAGACGAGAAUAUUGCCGCGGCGUAAAUGUUGCGUAUAAGAAGAUCGAUUGUUUGCCAACGAAACACGCAAUAACCGAAAGUAAUUUAACUGUAAAAGAACGGCCGGUCUGCGGCUCGCACAUAAAUUAUGUCAAGAGUUCCUCUCACCGAAGGAGUAAAGCAGCAAGGCAGAAAAGGUAGAGAAGGCUACUAGUUCGUUCCUCGCUUUAAUUAAGUCUAAUUUAAAGUCGGUUGAUUUCGCGAGGCGCACGACCGGUCCGCCACUUCCAUUCAGUGGAUCGACAGUGUUCCGAUGAGUAUUUCCUUUCCUCACCAAACGAGUCUUGAGUGAACGGUGAUCUUUGGCUUUUAACCCUUCGCGCUGAUAGAUUGCGUUGUAGCAGGAAGUUAAAAGUGAACGUUCGUGCUUGAAACGGAUCAAAUUUAAGGAGAUUGAAGGAUUGAGUGGUAUUGAUUAGGUAAUAGUAUUCUCUUCUUCUUUCUCUUUAAUUUUCUUUCUUUGUAUUUUCCUGAAGUACGGUAGAAUUUUAUUUAACUGAAUCCAGGUACUUUGUAUCUUAGUAUCUUAAAGAUAUCAUUUAUGUUCUAUACCAUGGAUGUAACGUCUUCGUAUCAUAACAUAUAAUAUCAGUUGCCCUGAUGCUUCCUUGAUUUAUCAAUGAGAUUAAAGUAUUAUGCUUAUAAUAUAUAUUUAAUGAAUUCUUACUUGUUUCUUGCAAAUUUGAUAUUCAGUAUUGUAGUUUGAACUAAUUUCGUGAAAAAUCAUCUAUUAGCUUUAAUUUACAAAGUCUCUUUCAGUAGACUUUUAUUCUCAUUUUAAACAACUGUGUUUUUAACUGAGGAUAUUUAAGAAAUUCUACAUUUAAAAAGAGAGAAGACGAACUUACUUUAAUUUCCAUUAUAUUUUUUUAAGGAGAUAUUCUUCACGAGCUACUUGCAAUUAGUCCUGCACCGACUUAUACUGUUAACCUACUUCUCAGACAACUCCAAAUUUAAUUAAAAUUUAUAAUAUCUUAUUUGUUGUACUGGAAAAAUGUUUUAAAAGAUGUUUUCGAACGACUAAAACGACUAAAAAACUAAAAAAAAAUUCUUUCCCACGUAUUUUCAACAAAAUUCCCAUUCUUCUGUUUUUUAAUUACGACAUAUAAUAUCCUGCUUAUUUAUUUUUAAUGCCAUUGUUAUUUUAUUCCAUUUUUCUUUCUUAAUCAGUUUAAUCUCACGAACUGAAGGGUUAAUCCAGAAAGAUCACGAAUCUCAAAGCAUCGUACGAACAAUGCAUCGCUCUAGAUUCUACACUGUAUAUUCGUAAAUCUACACGCUGCACGUAGAUUUAUUACGACUACAUAAUUAUUUUGAAACAAUUACUGCCAUCCAGCACUGCCUUUUACAAAUUGUAAUUAAUAAUAAGUUCUUAAAGCCAGGAAAAAGAAAGAGAGUGAGCUCAGUAGAGGAAUUUCAGAGGUGUUUCUUUUUCACUAUGUCUUUUUUUUUUAAUCUUUCUUUCUUGUUCUUUGUAAUAUACAUAUAUAUACAUACAUGUAUUCGAUACAUAAAUUUUAUACAUUUAUUUUAUCGUAAUGUCGUUAGGAUUACGUUACUCUUUAACAAUGAUAUGCGAGUGGCGUGGAGGGGUAUCAAUAAAUAAUAAACGAAACUUCGCAUACAUUAAAUCGUUUCAUUGUGUUCUUUCUCUUUUAUCCUUUUUUUUCUCAGUUACAAUACUUAAAUAUAACGCAAUCUAGUUUUCCCCUUAGUGUGUUGUUAACUUCCGUUCCAUCGACGUCGUCGAUCACGGAGCAAUCGUAUCCUCGUUUGGAAAAGAGACAAAAAGUGCGCAUAUCGAACGCGAACCGCAGUUUCGAUUGCCGUGGAGAGGAACAUUUGGUGCAGUGCUACUCGAUGAUUUAUUGAUUUCGCUGCAGAGAGGUAAUAGGCGUAUUUUUUUCUGUUUCUCCUCGUUUUGAAGAAAAAGAAGAGAGGUAUUUUUUUACGACUCUAUUGACUUAGCGAUCAAAAAGCGUUUUUUAUUCCAAUGUGUUUUACAACUUUGUUAAUUUUGUAACAAAAAAGUGUUUUGUAACUUUGCCGAUUUAGUAAAUUUCGAGAUAAAUUUAUAAAUCAAUGCUCGUAACACUGUCACUUUUCUAUACUUUCCAAUUUUGGAGUUGAUCAAUAUGGCUUGAGAGUGGUUCAUUUCUGGCAAAUUUACCGAGAUAUACGUUUAAUGGGCGUAUAACUCGACAAUAGACAUGGCCUAAUGCGAUCAAUACCCUUAAUGAUAGCCAAUUAUUCCAUCAACCAUACACAGCGUUGUUCGCCACCUUUUAUGGACAGUAUGUACUUACAUUACAAUUAGAAAGGGAUUGCACCACAGAAGUAGCGUCAUCCAGAAACACCGUGAUCACGUCAUUGGUGAAGUAGCGCGAUAUGUAUGCGAGGUGUGAAAUACAAUUGAAAUACUCGCAGCAAGAAGAUAGAUGAGGAUAUCUUUAUUAAUGGAUGUGAAACUGGUAAUUGAAACGUAGGUUCUGUAGGAAGAUUAUUAAAGACUUCUUUAUUGGUGGGCUGAAGGUUUUAACGUUUCAUUUGGUAUACUUAGUUAUCGAUUACUGACCGAAAUAAUUAUUGUUGUUGUAUAUAUUUCGUUACGGUAGUUGUAUGGUAAAUUCAUAUAUACAAGAUAUUUUGUAAAUGACGGUACAAUCAGAUAUGAAAUGAUUUUACGUAAAAAAUUAUGUCGAACAUGUGGAAUAAAAUUUAUUCAUAUGACGUUUCGCUUUUUAGAAAAGCUUUUAAAUCUUGAUAAUAUAUCUCUCCAACCAACUCUUUUUUUUAGAACUUCCUUUAAUUAUACCAUCAGUUACAAAAUAUUUUGUAUAAUAUAUAUGAUGAUGAAGAAUCGAAAAAAUAGGAAAGAUAGACGUAUAAAAACAAGAACAAACAGCGUAAAAUACUGACGAACAAUAAGUAGAGCCACCGAUAUUAACCACCUCUUGAGAUAUAUGCACUCUCGCCACUUAUUAUGCCGGUUUUCGUUCUUAAUAGCCUAUUGUCUAACAGCGCGGUUGUGAAGUAUUCAGUACCUUCGCGACAAUGUUAUUCAGGAAAACAGGAAUCUGGCGAUGACAGAAGCAUCGUCUGGAACUACACCGUAUAUACGAUGGUUAUACAUUAAUAUACGUAAAUCUGGUUCACGUGAACGCGAAAGCGUAGCUUGCACCAAGGGAUUACCUGCUCGUGACGUAGAUACAUGAAAAUUUCCUCGUAAAAUAUUUAGGAUAUACUGCGAAGUAUUGCACGGCUAUACUCACUGUUACCGAUUAAUUUUGGAUAGUCUGUUGAAAUCCAAUAUACAAGAUACCUUAUCCAAAUGUCCAAAAUAGAAAACAUUACGGUUUGAAAAUGAUCUAGUUGAAGAUUGGAGAAAAAAUCUCGUAAGGCAGAAUUAAACGACCUCGAAUUGUAAGUUUUUUGGUGGAUGAGUCGUUUUUAUACGCGGUGCAGGCAAUGUACCGCUGUAGUGAAAUCCAAUUAUCCUAAUUAUAUUGAUAAAAUUUGAAACAAAUCUGAAAAUAUACGUAUACAGAAAUUAUUUUAAAGAAAUGAAGGACCAAAAUUUUAUUUCUUAGAAAAUAUUGUUCUAAAUCCAAAUAUCAUUUUAUCGAUUAUCUCUUCCAUUUUUCCAUCCUAUUUCUUAUUAUUGAAUUUAUUAAAAUGUCCUCUAUAUUAUGAAGAAACUUAUAUAUAAAUGUAUAUACAUCACAUAAAUGUACGAAUAAUGCACAUAGGUGUAAAAAGUUUUUUUUAUAUAAUUAUAUUUAUAUAUCUAAUAAUAUCUUAUAUUAAUUUCCAUUGUUUAUUUUGUCACAAUAAACAAAAAUUUUGAGGCGGGCUGUUUUUCUUGGAAUAAGUUAAAAUAUAGUAGUAAUAGUAUUACAGUAUAAUAAAAUUUAGUUAUGAGAAAGUAAAUACAUUUGGUUAGGCUCCGUGAUCAUCGACGAUCGUUCAUGAUGGAAACAAAAGAAAAAUGAUCUUCUAACUGUUUUCUCCUGACUCGUUUUUAUUAUUUCGUUCUAAAAAUUACGGCUUCGAACGCAGUCAGCGCUUAUCGAUAUAAUUGAAGGUAUCACAAACUUUUGAUGACCUCUAAUUACAUUUACCAUAUAUUGUCCCUAUGCUUAUUAAUUAAUUAAAGUGAUUUAAUCAAUAAUCUCGAUUAUUAUACUCCUCGUUCCAUGCUUUGAUCGAGGUUCAACAGGGUGAUUUAACCCUCAAAGUGGAACAUCGUGAUGGUAUGUAGGUAAUUGAAGCGUUUGAAUAUUUUAUACUUUAUAAAGAAAGUUAAAUUCAAAUUUGAAAGUUUUCAUAAAGUUAAUUUCGAACAGAUUUCGGAGACGGUGGAAUACAUUUUACACUUGAAAAUUUAACGUACUUUUCUUAACGCGUAAUUUACAUAUUCUUUAAUUUAAAAGAUCUUAAAAUAUCAUAUAAUACUUUCCAAAAUGUAAAUCAUUUACAAAUCUUGUAACAAUUUCUUUGGUACCAUAAACGUUAUGAAUUUCCAUAUUUUUUCGAUUAACCUACUUUCAUUUUAAUCGAAUUUGUAAAAUACAAUAUGCAUAUAUAUUGCCUCCCAAAAACUGCAAAUUGCUAUAACAUGAAAAUUACGUUUGUACCAAAUCUCCAUUUACUUUAUUACACGAUGUAAUUUUCUAGAUUUAUCUGUCAUCAAACAUAUCUAAACUUUUUCAGUAAGAAAAUUUUUGCAAUGAGAUUAUAAAAAGAUGAAGCUUAUAUAAUUUUUUCCAAAAAUGUCCAACAUGCUUCUGUCAAAAUGCCACGAUAUUCCAGUUGAAGAAUCAAUCACCUUCUUCCAAAACUUCUUCCCAUUCUCACGAAAUCAUCAUUCUUCAUACUAAAUUUGAAAUUUCUCUACCCAACUACCAAAUAGUCCCUUUUCUCGCACGUUCUUACAUCUUUAAGAUCGACGUCGUCGACAUUUGAUCGCUUGGAAUUCAUUGCUCACGCGUGAACAUCACAUCUAACACGCUAACCUCGCUCCAAUCGAUGAUACCGCUUGUCGAGCACAAAUGACACGGUGUACACGAAAAGAUCUGGCCCUUCAAUUUUUCACGUUUCCAACUAAUUGAUAGUUUGGAUGCGCCUUCCAUCUGCCUCGGAAGGGUACCGAGGUACGGAGGAUUAAUAUAUCGUCGACUUUUAAUGACGAUUUCAUAAUACGUUUCCUGGAAAUCGUUUAUGCACGGAUCUCGAACAGUGAUUACGUGGAACAGUUCGAGUUAAAGGAGCACUCUGAUCUAAACGACCCUCUUUAAGUAAACUCUGACACAUUUACCUCUUUUUACUAAUUCCGUUAAUAUUUUUAAUCUUGUCAUGGCCGAAAUCAUACAGAUCAAACAACUAAAUUUCAUAAAAAGAUCUUUUAUUUAUCAUAUGGAUCUUAAAUAUAACAAAAUAAAGCUAUAAUUCAAUCAAAAUCACCUAUUAUCGGUUUGUCUGAAAGAAAAAAUGAAGUUCGAACUUGGGUGCUAGUCGCUUUAAAGAGAUACGUCAAAAAGGUUUUGAAGCAACUAUAGUCUUUAAAUUUUCAGAAAUAGUAGGAAUUUCUCCUUUGUAGUUUACGCAUACACUUUCAUAUAGUCCCAAUUAUGUACAAAAAAUAGGAAAUCGAAUUUUCGGUUUUUCUAUACUAAAAUAGCCCUUUAAAUGCAAGUACUUGCACGUAGUUUACGUGCGUACUGUUUUAUCGUACUCUCUACGAUUACAAGCCUCGAGCGCUCCUUUUUAUAAAAACCCGUUGCAAAUCAAAGUCGAGGAGCUUUGAAAUAUAUAACGAGAUUGUUUCGAGAGAAACAUUUCGUUAUUUAUAAAGUUGAAUAGUAGACGCAAAUUGUAAUAUUACAAGAAAUUUUAUAUCUAAUAUAAUCUUGAAGAGAUAUUUAUAAAUUAAUUAUUAAUUAAUUAUAUUCAGAAUAAAGUAUAACUACUUACAUUUUAUAACUUACUUUUCUUGAAGUACGGUGAUAAAAAAAAUAUCAUACAUUUAAUAUAAAUUCUUUUGAUUAUAUACGAUAAGAGCAUAACAUAAACAUAAGGACUGUUUUUUGAUAAAUUUUUCGUUUAAUAAUCUAGGAGUAUACUUUAUACAAUAAUUAUCCCCUAUUAUGUAUCGGUAACAAUUAAUUAGCGAAGGAAUAAAUAAUUCGAUUAACAUAAUAAAUAGUGGUAAAUUCCAAACAAACAAUACAUAGUAUAACAUCUUUUAGCUUGGCAAUGUGCUUAUCGCUGAUUACACGGAUAACAAUCGCGUUAUUUAUUUCGAACUCAUGACUGUAAAAUCAACAAAAUGUAGCACUAGGUGCUUUUACUCUGAUAAAUUCUUACAGAUAUGAGAAAAAAUUUAUUACUAUAAAAUGUAUCGGAUGUAAAUUAAAAAUGGGAUUUUACAACAUAUAAGAAAAGAUUACUAUCGAUAUAUGGAUUCAUUUUUAAUUUGUAAUUUCUAAUCUUUUAUUUUAUGUUAAAUUUUCAAAUUUUCCAUUUUCAUUGUUAAUGAUUUCUCAUUUUAAUCAUACAGCACGUAGGUUUACGUAUUUGUUGAUCGUUAUUUUAUUAAUUACGACGCAAUACUAUAGUAUUAAAUUAUUUUGUUAACAAUUAAUAACUAUUGAAAGUAUAAUAUUAAUUUAUAAAAAAAUAUAUAACAUGUAAUUUAUGUAACAAUUUGUGACAAAAUAGUGCAUACUACGUGUAGGUAUUACGAACAACAUAUCAGAAAAAGAUCGUACAAACAAAUAGCGAUGCAAAUACGAAUCCCCUCGACGUCUUUGCAAUAAUAAAAUUAAAUAUCAUGAUAUUCGAAAAAGACAACGAAAAAUCACGAAUAUAUUUGUUUUACGGUCGUUUAG